GCGUCGUCAUGACAGCAGCAGCGUCGCGACGCAUCCUGAAGCAGUGACGGUACACCGUAAUAAUAGUGAUUCACGAACAGUGAUAAAUGAAUUAGUCGUUUCUGUUAGUUCAUACAAAACUCUGAGCGUGAGGGGCCUAGUUCGGGGCUAAAUCCCGAGAUUACUGACCGUCGUCAUUAUCGAUCUGGGAGAUUUUCGUUGCCAUGACGACAACACAGAUGCUGGAAGCCUGGCCGCCGUCCAACUAGUCCUAUCUGCUUACCUCGCACAGGUUAUGUUCACAAUGAAGACCGAACUGCGCGUGUGUCGUGCCUGAGGUCUCAGAUGAUGGAGUUAUGCUGUGUAGGGGCCGGGUGUGCGCCCUGGGGGUCCUGCUGACCUUAUAUCUGGCAGGAGUUUUGCUCAUAUCAACUGUCACCCUGGAUGCUCAGCACAAGGGUUCCCAAGGAGCCGGGGGCCGGUCUCGGGGAAUAGCUGUGUUGGGGGGCGGCAUCAGACCCCCGCCGAGACGCAACCGGUUGCAAUGGUGCCAGGCGUUACGAUUCCUAGAAGAGCCAGGACCUGUAGUGGCCCUGGCUUCCUUCCCCGGCAGCGGCAACACGUGGGUUCGCUAUCUGCUACAGCAGGUCACAGGUAUAUACACCGGGUCCGUGUACAAGGACUACGGUCUGCUCAAGAACGGCUUCCCCGCGGAAUCAGUGGUGAACGGAUCUGUCUCGGUUGUCAAGACACACGAGUGGGGCCCGGCAGCACGCCGGCCCUUCAGUAAAGCAGUGCUCCUUAUUCGAGGUCCGGGGCCGGCAAUUCAGGCCGAGUUCAACAGACAAAGUGGCGGCCACAUUGGCUUCGCAUCUCCUGACAGAUAUCGGCGGAAUAAGGGCAAAUACUGGCAGCAGUUUGUGGCAGAUAAGUUGUCGUCAUGGCGUCAGACCAACCUGGACUGGUUACAUAACUUCACUGGUCCAAUGCACGUCAUAUUCUAUGAUCACCUGCUGGAAGAUGUUGCCGUUCAUCUGCAGGAUCUGCUCCGCUUCCUCAAGCUCAAUGUGUCAGAACAGAAUCUGGCCUGUGCACUGGAGCGCCAAGAAGGUAUUUAUCGGCGUAAACGGCGUGUUGUCAACUUUGACCCGUUCACAACGACCAUGAAGCAAGCACUGCAGAGGGAGCAAGACGUGGUAUACGAGGCUAUCGCCAACUCUCUGCACAGGCCAGAGGUUACAUCGACAAAUAUGCGGUGAUGACAGUGACAUUUGUAAUGAAACGAAUCACAAUAGUUUUGGGUGAAGGAAUAAUGUGAGUGAAGAUAAUGGCUGUGGUCAUCAUCAGCUUCUAUGCAAAAAUGAAAGGAAAUGACAUUGAUUGCUGGAGCAGGAUUUCAUGCAAUUUUAAGGCGCAUGCCAAGAAUGAGGAACUGAGACAGUGACAUAAUUCGCCUAAAGAACUGAAAAGUGGAAGGCAAGUACCAACAGAAUGAUGUCAAUGCCAUUGAUAAAUGCAUAUACGUGAAUGAUCAUCAUGCACUUUGAUGCAGAAAGAUGUACUCAUGACUUCUGACAAUGGUUAGAAUAUAUAAUAUCAAAAACAGACAACAAUAUAAUUGACAAAAGACAAUGGUUAUUACAUAGUUUAUUGCUCACUUCCAGAACACAAAUUCAACGUAGUUGAAUAAUGGCACACAAUUAUCACCAAAAAAAAAAAAAA